CCUGCUCUUUCUCUCUCAUCAUGGACCAGAGCCACCACCACCACAGGGCUUACACCGUGUUCACUCGCCUUGCCAUCGUAACAUUCCUCGCGGCCAUCUCGGCUUGGGCAAACUAUGAAGCCACUAAAGCUCUCGACAUCUCCAUCUCCAUAGAAGAUCCCUUGUCGUUCUCAGGCCACCGCUUCCACCAGCUCUUAGCCUCUGAUGACAGAGCCAUCCGCAUCGCCCUCGAAGCGAGCAACUUUGCAUGCCGCAUUCUCUCCUCUGACAAACCCGUCUCUCAUGUCACAAUCCAACUUUCUAGCCUUGAUAUGGCUCAUAAUGAGUUCAUAGUGCGUAGGGAUUCAACCGAAGGACACGAUUACACCAUUGUCGUGAACCCAUUGGUUAUGGGUGUGGCUGACCCUGUUAGGGCGGUUCGAGCAAUUAUGCAUCGUGCCAUGGCUUGGGUGUGGGUUUGGGAUGGGUUUGGUCAGGCCCCACAGUCACUCCUAGCUGGCAUAGCUGAGUAUGUGGGAAUAGCAGCAGGAUUUGGACCAGACCCCGAACCGGAAGCUAGCUGGUUAUCGGUGGCCACCCAUAGAACAUGCUGGCAAGCAUAUCCGAGUGGGACAAUGGCCUCAUUCCUCAGGAAAUUCAUGUACAGUAGCUGUGGCAAAUAUCCAUGUCAUGACAAGGGCUCUUCUAGCAGUUUCCGCCGCUGCCAUUUUCGGCACAAGCAUGCUAAUUCCCGAACGCUAUGAUUUGCGGAGCAGAAACACCUCCUUGACAACCUUGCAUAUGAGUCCGUCUUGUUGAACACAAAUCCGCACAACCAAACUUGGGCUAUUUUCUCGAAAAUUGAAAAGUCCUGGGUGUGAGUGGUAAAGGGUUCAAGUUUAAUUCCGAAGUUUGUCUGAAAAAGCCCAAAUCGGCUAAGUUGUCUAGGGCUGAGAAUGGGUCGGAGGUCUCGAUCUACCUAGAUCAGGAUUUGGAUCUGAGACGUAUUCAUAGGAUUUGGAUUUAGAUCCUGAUCCAAUUGGAUCCAAAAUAUUUGGAUCCAGAUCUGGAUCCAAAAAAUAUAUAUCAGAAACAGAUUGGAUCCGAUCCAAGAAAAUUAUUUUAUAUCAUAAAUAUUUUAAUAACUGGUUCUGAUCCGUAUCAGAUUCACUUGUACUCAGAUCUAAAUACCAUUUGGAUCCAAAGUUUAGAUCCGAAUCCAACCCAUUAGAUCCAAAUCUUGGAUUAAUCUAAAUUAGAUCCAAAAUUCGGAUUUCGGAUCCAAGCCGAGUAAAAAUUCUUAGCCCUAAGUUUAUCCCUUUCUUGGGGAGGCAAUCUAUCAAAAUAUAUCUAACUUAUCAAUUAUUUCACAAUUUUAUCCAUUUUUAACUAUAUGUUGGAUAUUCCGUCUCUUAAGUGCAUUUUGACAACUUUCCCUUCUUCUCCUUCUUCUUCUUUUAUUUUUAUUUUUAUUUUUUUUAACUAAAGCUAGUUAAUAAAAAAAAUCUGUACAUGUAAGC